GAAAAGCUUCACAUGCUGCCGGAUUAUGUGCUCGAGCGAGGAAGCAACGGGGGUUACGAGGACGAAUCGGACCAAGAACAGAAGGAUGACGAAAGCAACGAAAACUCGAACGAGAGUAGUUUGCAAACGGCAAUACUGAAAUCCGACACAUCGAACGGACCAACAACGACAACCGCAGGAAGCAUAGCGAAAAGAACAGAAGAGACUGCUGCUGCUACUACCACCGGAAGCGCAAAAACGCAAACACCACCGGGUGCAGCAUCGUCGUGCUUGCAACAGCAGCAAGGCACCACGAACUCGUCAAAAGGACACCGGACGUCCCGGACGAGCAAACAAUCGAUACUGGUCAACGGGCGAGCCAAGACGAACGCAACCAACACGCGGCCUCAGAGUCACUACCACCACCAUCAUCAUCAUCAUCCCAGUCAUCCGGCGAGUCAGCUUCAUCAGCAGCAUCAUCCACAUCAUCACCAUCAGCCCUGUUCAACAGCUCAACAGCAGCCGCAGCAAAGCCAACAACCGCUGCUCAAGCACUAUCACAUUCCGCUACAGGAUACGUACCACUCGCAACAGCCAUUGCAGCCACUCCACCUUUCCACAUUGCGUCUCGGGUCUUGCUUUGCUCCACCACCACCACCACCACUGCCAUCCACAAAGGUACCACAACCGCCACAAACCCUGUCGCUCGCGUUGCCAUCGUGCAAUGGAUCGUUCCUGGGACAGCUGUCUGCGUCUUCUUCAACCUCAUCCUCACAUCAGCACCGCCACCACUAUCCCCAUCUGCAGCCAUCGACGGGUCGUAUUGCUACGAUUUCAUCACCAAUGUCACCCGGUUCAUGCUGUGGUGUUUCCCGGCCGAACGAACUGAACUGCUGUCCAAUUCCGGUGGAUUCAUCGCAACAGCUACGAUUGGCACCGGUGCCCGACGUUCCUACACCGACACUGGUCAAGGUGAAGGCCUGGUAUACGGUCACUAAACAGGGCCUAACGUAUUGA